AUGAAGGAGGAGCCUUCUUCCAUCUCCACACCUUCUAGCACAGAGAUGGCAAUUAAAUUAAGUAUUGCUACCUCUACUACUACUGCUACUACCUCCUUGAAGAAUAUGGAUAUGGAAGUGAACAGCAUGGAGGUAGAGUUCACUCCUGCAUCUUCUACAGCUUCUGCAUUUGCGUUGGUGGAAGUCGCUGGCUUGGUUGGCAGUGGUGACUUUGGGGUUUUUGAGGUUCUGGAUUUAUCAGCGCUGCCAGAUGUGAAGUUAGAAGCUGUCACAGUUGUUAUUUUGGUGUGA